UUCAAAUUUUACCUGAUCUACCUGAACUCAGGAGAAUCUGUUGAGGCAGGUCACUCUCUGGGUCCUGCCCUUUCAUUGUGGAAACUGUCAGACAGUUGUGAUUGGCACCCAGCCUGAGGGGAUGGCUUCAAAUGGAGCAUGCCCAGUGCUGGGACCAGGUAUGACCAAGAACCCUGGCACCUCCAUGCCAGUGUUCACAACUCUGUCCUUCACCACACCUGCUCCAGGCCCAGCACACAGGCCACCACUCCUGACUGCAGUGGUUCCUCCAGGUGGCCCUCUGGUGCUGUUUGCCUUCCCCAGGACGCCUCUGGUGGCAGGACAGGAUGGCAGAGGCCGGAAUUGGGCUGGGGCUUCCAACGGCCUUGUCCAGAUGAGGACAGAAAUGGGGCCUGUGAAAGGUCCUCAGGCACAGACCUUGGUCCUAACUCAGGCACCCCUCGUCUGGCAGGUUCCAGGUGCCGUCUGUGAGGGUGUCACAUGUCCACCUCCCCGACCCCUGGCAGCUGCCGCUGUGGUGCCCGCUAUGGCUGUCCAGGUCUUUGGGGGCACCCAGGCCUGCAAAGGAGGCUGGCCCCAGGGCCUUCCUCCUCCAGCACCACCAGCUCCCCAGCCGGCCCCCAUUAUGGCCCCAGGGAAUGCUUGUCCAUGGCCACAAGGGGCUCAUGGAGAGGGCAGCCAGUCUCCCUCCAAGGCUAAGACUCCCCCGGACGACUCCUGCAACCCCAAGAGCGUGUAUGAGAACUUCCGACUCUGGCAGCACUACAAGCCCCUGGCCCGGAGGCACCUUCCCCAGAGUCCGGACACGGAAGCACUUUCCUGUUUCUUCAUACCAGUUCUCAGAUCUCUGGCCCGGCUGAAGCCCAGCAUGACCCUGGAGGAGGGACUGUGGCGGGCCAUGCGGGAAUGGCAGCAUAUGAGCAACUGUGACCGGAUGAUCUACUACCAGAUGGCGGGAAAGUUCAUGGAGUUUGAGGCUGAGGAGAUGCAGAUUCAGAAGUCGCAGUGGAUGAAGGGGCCCCAGUGCCUGCCUCCUCCAGCCCUUGAACCUCAAGGACCAUCGGCCCCUGAGGUGGUCAAGCAGCCAGUGUACCUUCCCAGCAAGGCCGGCCCCAAGGCCCUGCCUGCCUGCCUGCCGCCACCCAGGCCCCAGCGGCCAGUGGAGACCAAGGCCCACCUGUUACCACCCAGGCCCCAGCAGCCAGCAGAGACCAAAGCCCCCAAGGAGAUCCCCCCUGAAGUGGUGCAGGAGUAUGUGGAUAUCAUGGAGGAGCUGCUGGGGCCUCCCAUUGGGGCCACGGGGGAGCUCGAGGGACAACAGGAAGAGGGAGAAGUGGAGCAGGAAGAGGACGGGAUGCUUUCAGACCCCUACCUGCUGAGCUACAUUGACAAUCUGUGUUCCCAGAAAGACUUCGUCACCAAGGUGGAGGCCAUCAUUCACCCCCGAUUCCUGGAAGAAUUGCUUUCCCCAGAUCCACAGAUGGAUUUCUUGGCCCUAAGCCAGGAGCUGGAGCAGGAGGAAAGACUCACCCUUGCCCAGGUAGCAGCGAAGCGCUGCCUAUCCUUGAAGGAGGAACGGUGUGAGAGGGCAGCCCCUAGUCAUGGCACCACCCAGCUGGACUCAAUGUCUUCUAAAUCUGCAGAGGGCCAAGGAGCAGAGAGAGACGUCCCUGGCCCCCAGCAAGGGGUCAGCCUGGAAACCUGCCCACCCCAGACAGCUGCCUGGGACCCUCAGGGACGACGCAGAGCAUGCACUGGCAUAAGCAGGUCCAUAAACCCUGCUGUGCUCUUGGAGAGACUGGAUUCCUACUGGCUGAGGGCUGCCCGGUCAGACUCUCCUCCCCAGGACCAUAGACCCACCUGCCCAGGCAUGGGGACCAAGGACACCUGGGGUCUCCCUGGAGCCUCUCCUGUCAAGGAGUCACACAGGCUGUCUAAGGGGUCAAGUGAGGAGGAGAGGGAAAUCCCUGGUAUGGUUUCUGCCGUGGGUACCAACUACAGGCUACAGCCCUGGAAGCUGUCCCAGAGCCCUGUCCCUGCCUCGGGCCUUCUCAGCCCAGCACCCGCUCCCACCACCAAGUCUAAGAAGCGAGCUCUUUUCAGAGGCCCAUCCCCUGCUGUUCAGAUGCCCCACCUAGGGCCUGGGCUCAGAGUCUCUGGGGUGCAAUCCUUGCCUUGGGGGCUGGGUGGCCCCUCACAGUCCCAAAAGAGAAAGGGUGACCCCUUGCUCUCUAAAAGGAAGAAAAAGCAGCACUGUAGCCAGUAG